AUGAUAUCCAUUAGACAAAGCGUAUACUUGGUCCUACUUUUCUCACUCGGCAGUUGUACAGCAUUAGCUACCAAUACAGAGUACCACACGUAUGGCACACUCAGUAACGAGGAAUAUGAUAGACCUGGAGUCACUAUUGAUGGUGACAUUAUGGCCAUGGUCGGUCAAAUGUCUGUUGAGGAGAAGAUUGGCCAGAUGACUCAAAUCAACCAAGAUUUAGUGCUUGGAAAAGAUGGUGUACUCAACCGCACUGCUGUGGAAUACUACGCAAAAAACUAUUAUGUUGGCUCCUACUUGAACCAGUUGGCAGUUGACGGCAAGAACUACGAUGCUGCUGACUAUGCUGAAAUUAUUGAGGAGAUGCAAGAAAUCACGCUAGGUGUCAAUUCCACAUUCAAGAUUCCAAUCAUCUAUGGUUUGGACCACAUCCAUGGUGCUCACUAUGUUGCCAACACUACCAUCUUCCCUCAUGGCAUUAAUCUCGCUGCAAGUUUCAACCCUAAAUUAGCGUAUGAAUCGGCUUCUAUUACUGCCAGAGAUACUCGUGCCGCAGGUGUGCAAUGGACUUUUGCACCCGUCUUGGAUAUUCCCGUCAACAAGCAAUGGCCUCGCGUCUUUGAAAAUUUUGGCGAGGAUCCUCAUUUAUCGUCUGUGAUGGGUGUGGCUUCCAUCAGAGGCUACCAAGGAAAGUACAAGACAGAUCGCACUAAAGUAGCUGCUUGUAUGAAGCAUUUCAUCGCCUACGGAGCUCCUUAUAGCGGUCAGGACCGUGAUUCGACUGUCGUGUCUGAGAGAACCAUUUACGACUACUUUGUCCCUGGAUUCCAAGCUGCCAUUGAUGCUGGCGUCGCCACUGCCAUGGAGAGUUACAUCGAUAUCAACGGCGAGCCCGUUGUCUCAUCCAAAAAAUACUUGAGAGAGCUGCUGAGAGAUCAAAUGAAGUUUGAUGGUAUGCUGGUGACAGAUUGGCAAGAGAUUGAAAACUUGCACAUCAAGCACAUGGUCGCUGCCUCACACAAGGAAGCUGUCCGCAUGGCCAUUGCAGAUACCAGCAUCGAUAUGUCCAUGGUGCCUCAAGACGUUAUUUUCUUUGAUUCUAUGAUGGCGUUGAUCAAGGAAGGCGCUGUAUCGAUGGAACGUGUGGAUGAAUCUGUUGCCCGGUUAUUGCAACUCAAGAAGGAUGUAGGUCUUUUGGAGCCCAAUGGCUGGAAAGCAGAUUCCAAGUUACAAGCUAUGAUCCAGAGUGAACAAGACAUUGAUGUCGCUAUAAAUGCUGCAAGAGAGUCCAUGACACUGCUCAAGAACACAAAUGCCACAUUGCCCUUGACCAAGGAGAAGGUCAAGCGCGUGCUUGUCGUUGGUCCCACAGGUGACAAUCUAGGCCAUUUAGCUGGAGGGUGGACAAUUCAGUGGCAAGGCGCUACAGAAGACGCAUGGCACGGUGCUGUCAGUGACGAGCAGUUUUACGGUAAUGGCAUCAGUAUUCUGGAAGGUAUCCAAAACUCAGCACCUGAGGGUGUCGAGAUUGAAUACAUGCAAGGCUUCACAAUUGACGGCAAAGACGACGAUAUGAAAUCAGUCUUGGAGAUGGCCAAAGACUUUGAUGCAUUUUUGGUCUGUAUUGGUGAGCAUGUCUACUCUGAACUUCCAGGCAAUAUACACGACAUGACACUUCCUCAAGGCCAAAUUGAUCAUGUCGAUAGGCUUUCCAGUGCCAUUGGUAAUGACAAGCCUUUGAUUACCGUGCUGUUGGAGGGAAGACCUCGUGUGUUGGACUCUAUUGUCGAGAACUCUGAUGCUAUUUUGCAAGCCUAUCUUCCCGGUCCUUGGGGCGGUCAAGCAAUUGGCGAGGUCAUCUUUGGUUUGACAAAUCCCUCUGGCAAAUUGCCUUACACCUAUCCAAAAUAUGCUGGUGACACUACACUGAACUACUGGAGACCUGCCAACGACCUCUGGGAUCCUCUCUAUGAAUUUGGUCAUGGCCUCAGUUAUUCUACAUUCCGAUACAGCAAUAUCACAGUUGAUGGUUUAUACAACACAGACGAGACUCAGUAUCUGUUUACUGGCGAAAUGGAAAAGGAAGUGUCUGUCAAUAUCACCAAUACAAGCCCUGUUGACGGCAAAGAGACAGUGAUGAUGUUUGUUCAGCAACCAUUCCGUGUUGUCACACCACCCAAGAAGCUGCUCAAGGGGUUCUACAAGAUUGACGUGCCUGCCAACUCUACUGUCAAUGUGCGUUUCGCCGUGGACGCUGAUUUAUUCCGUUACACUGGCAUUGAUGGCAUUCCACAAGACACCAUUGAUAAUGGUGCUGUCAAAAUUCUGAUUGGAGAUCAGGAAUUUGAUUUACAGGUUGUCAACAACGACAAGUGA